CGGGGCCGGCUGCGGAAGCUGCGGCGGGCCGGGAAAGGGCGGGGAAGAGCGCGCGCGGGCGGGAAACCGAGGAGCCGCUGCCGGCGAGAGCGAGAGAGUUUGACUCUUCUGAGGUUUUAUUUUGGAAACUGGAUGGCAAGUGAGAUACAGAGCUUGUCAUCUCUAGACUGCUGGCUUGAAUCCAUGCAAGUUUGAGAGAAUUGCUUGUUUAUGCAACAUUUAUUAAUAAAGGACGGGUCCUUUCAACUUUGAAGAUGACAACCAUUUCAGUGCUAAAGGAGGAGCUGGUUUCCACUGAUAGUGAGCUGCAGGCAGUAGAGAUCCAGAUUCAGGAACUUCUGGAAAGACAACAGGAGCUUAUUCAUAAGAAGACGGUGUUAAAGAAUAAAAUAAAACAAUUUUCAGAAGAUUCAGAGGCUGGGGAAAGUGAAGAAACUGAAACCUCAGCUGAGGCAUGGAACAAACAAGACUUCCCAUGGUGUGAGAAGAUCAAAGCUGCACUUCGUAAUAGCUUUAAACUCAAGAAGUUUAGGCCUCUGCAGCUUGAAACAAUAAAUGCUACAAUGGCAGGAAAGGAUAUAUUUCUUGUCAUGCCUACUGGAGGUGGAAAGAGUUUGUGCUAUCAGUUACCUGCAGUAUGUUCUGAAGGUUUCACACUUGUGAUCUGUCCUUUGAUCUCACUUAUGGAAGAUCAGCUAAUGGUUUUAGAACAGCUGGGAAUUUCUGCAACUUUAUUAAAUGCUUCAAGCAGUAGGGAACAUGUAAAGUGGGUUCACACCGAAAUGCUGGAUAAGAAUUCGCAGCUAAAACUCAUUUAUGUUACUCCAGAGAAGAUUGCAAAAAGCAAAAUGUUUAUGUCAAAACUGGAGAAAGCUUAUCAAGCAGGAAGACUCACUCAUAUUGCUGUGGACGAGGUUCAUUGUUGUAGUCAAUGGGGACAUGACUUCAGGCCUGACUACAAGUCACUUGGUAUCUUAAAACGACAAUUUCCCAAUGCUCCAUUGAUUGGGUUGACUGCAACUGCAACAAGUCAUGUUCUGAAGGAUGCUCAGAAAAUUUUGUGUGUUCAGAAAUGCAUUACCUUUACUGCAUCUUUCAACCGGCCCAAUCUUUACUAUGAGGUUCGUCAAAAACCUUCAAACAGUGAGGACUUCAUUGAGGACAUUGUUAAGAUCAUCAAUGGAAGAUACAAAGGGCUCUCGGGAAUUAUCUACUGUUUUUCACAGAAGGACUCAGAGCAAGUUACCAUUAGUUUGCGGAAACUGGGAAUUAAGGCAGAUGCUUACCAUGCAAAUCUGGAGCCCAAAGAUAAGACCAAAGUUCACAAGGGAUGGGCAGCCAAUGAAAUACAGGUUGUAGUGGCAACAGUUGCAUUUGGCAUGGGAAUUGAUAAGUCAGAUGUGAGGUUUGUAAUUCAUCAUUCAAUGAGCAAAUCCAUGGAGAACUACUAUCAAGAGAGUGGACGUGCAGGUCGAGAUGACCAGAAAGCUGACUGCAUUUUAUAUUAUGGUUUUGGAGAUAUAUUCAGAAUCAGCGGCAUGGUAGUGAUGGAGAAUGUGGGGCAACAGAAACUAUAUGAUAUGGUAUCCUACUGCCACAACAUGAACAAGUGUCGCCGUGUAUUGAUUGCUCAGCAUUUUGAUGAAGUGUGGGAUUCUGCAAACUGCAACAAAAUGUGUGAUAACUGCUGUAGAGAGAAGCUUUUGUUUGAGAGAAUGGAUGUAACGGGAUACUGCAGGGAUCUAAUCAAAAUACUAGAGCAAGCAGAUAAGAUGAGUGAAAAAGUCACUCCACUGAAAUUAAUCGAUGCCUGGCUGGGCAAAGGUGUGUCAAAGUUAAGAGUGGCUGAUGUUGUUUCUCCAACACUCCCUCGUGAUGAACUGGAGAGGAUUAUUGCCCAUUUCAUUCUGCAGCAGUAUCUGAAAGAAGACUUCAGUUUCACAGCAUUUGCUACAAUAUCCUACUUGAAAAUAGGACCCAAAGCUGAUCUGCUGAAAAAUGAGGCACAUGUUAUCACCAUGCAAGGGAGAUCAAACAAAAAAAGUGUUGACAAGGUCAAAUCUCCUCAGUCUUCUAAUUCUGGAGGGAUUGGUGGAAACGUACAAGAAGACGUCUCUGAGACUAUCCAAAACUCUGCUGCAAAGAAGACAAAAGCACAGAAUCGGCGUCAUUGUGAGAACAAACCUAAAGCAAAGAAGCUUAAGCUUGAGGAUGACGACGACUAGCUGGUAGUCCUGUACUGAAUUUUACAAUGAAAAAUGUAUCCAGGAUCCCACCAUUUCUGCUUCUCUGAGAACUCAGUGCAGAAGUAUAAUUUGUAUUUUAUUAAUUGCUUCUUUUAAAUGCAAAGGAUUUGUGUGUUUAUCAGAAAGGUUGGACAAAAAACAAAUAUAUGCAAUUUCCGAACAUACAAGCAGACAAAAAUCUGGCAUCAUGCAGUUCAGUAGACAAUGGAGAAACAAAGGAUUAUCCUCAAAAUAAUCAGUCCAUAUCUGAUGUCUCCUGCAGAUCAUUUCCGUAUAUAUUGCUUUUUUAAACCCUCUUUUUAUUUUACAAAGCACAUGUCUGAUAGUAAAAUAUACUGUAGUAAUGCACUUAAAACUGAUAUAAACGUAAAGCAUCCUCAUUAUACCCUCUAGCUACACUCCUUCUAAUGAUGGGGAAAAGCAAACUAAACAGUAUAUAUUCACAUACACAACAACAAAUAUAUUUAUCACAUUAUCGCUUAAAAAUUGGCAUCAUAUCUUCUUAAAUUUCUCCUGCUUGUUGUUCAGAUGGAAAAAUUACCUUUCAAGAUCUGUUUAAAUGUUAGAAAAGGGUAUGUUGGGUUAACAGUUCUAUUUUCUAAAGCAUGUCGGAAAAAAUUAGGUGCCAUACUCCUACUGAAAGUUAAUGGGCGUUAGGCACCUAAUUCCCUUGUGGGCUUUUCAAAAGCAUCUUAUUUAAAACAAAAACAAACCAAAAAAAACCCCACUUCAUUGCCCUUGAGCAUGUUUCUUUGGUUUAGUUCGUGUUGUAUUAUUUGGAGUAUGUACAAACAACAAUUUCACUAAUGACUCUGACCAAGAAAAUAACAAGUAAAUAAACAUAAACUAUAGAACUAAUUCAACAUACCUCAGCUUGGACCUCAUCCUGCUCCCAUUGAAGUCAAUGGGAACCUUGUCAUUCACUGAGGAAUAAUUAGGCCUAAAGUCUCACAGGGAACACAUAUACUUCUGCUCCAAUCUAUGCUGUGGUAGGAUGUGGACAGUAUUCUCUGAUCUGUUGGCGCAUCAGUACUUCAUGGAGGACAUGAAGCAGCUAUGGAAAUGUGUUUUCCAGUACUCACACUGUUAAGUCUUUUAGUCCUAGAAUAUGGCCUACAUUAAAUUUAUCUACUGCGGUCUGGCCUCUCAAUCCUGAUUUUUUUUUUUUUUUUUAGCUUAACCACUUUGUCUCUGAGAAAUGUACAUAUAUAUUCAUGUAUGCACACCUGUUAUUUUUGUAGUCAGCAAAGAGAACACAAGCCACUGAACAAUCCCUAUUUGUAGAAUACUGCUGAUAAUUAUUGACAACAGCUUAGAUGGUGUUGAUAGCAAACAAGGCAGCUUUUGUUGGCUCAUCUGUCAGAAACUAGAAAGUAAAUCCGUGUUUCUAGCAGACAGAAAAGAACAAAAUUUACUAACAAAGACCUUGGACAAGAUCCUCAGGUGGUGCAAGUUGGCAUAGCCCCACAUGUCAAGGGAACAAUCUGUGGAUUUACACUAGCUGAGGAUCUGGUCCCUCAUAUUCAGAUUUCUACAAGAGAACAUAAAAGAACGGUUCCAAUCAAGUUAAAAAAUGAUUUUAGGGAAAGUCUGAGAUGGCACUCUAGCUGAAUGUUAUCAUUUUUGUUUGCAGUGACACCCUGGGAGCUUGAAACUGACAUGUUCCUUUGACUAACUUUAUCUUAAAUAUGCAUCCAAAGGUUUGAUGAUGUAAGGUUACCAACAGCCCUACAGUAACAAUCAGGAUGAUCAGGAAAUCUGGGUGUAUUAGUCAAUCUGAGCAAGAAUUCUCUUAUGUGUAACAAUCCUAUCUGUCAUUCCUAAAUCCUGAACAUACAUGGCCUUGCUUAUACUCAUUAGAACUGUGCAAGUAAAAGCAUGUUGUCUGAUGGCAGGAUGCCAUGUGGCUGCUGCAGGUUUUGUAAAGUGGCUUGUUAGGAUUCAUCCUUGCCUGUAACACUGCCUUAAGAAAAAUGCACCAAGAUUUUUUUUUCUUUGCAUGCACAUGCUUUAAAGUGUACGUAUAUUUUACAUAUGUAUAUUAGAGAUGGACCCAAGCCCCUAGAACUUUAGUGAAGUUCAGAUCUGGAUCUGAAAUUUGACACAAGCCCAUGCCUAACAUUUUUCUUAUCCCAUAUAAACAGAGAUUUUUACACUUUACUACUGAAUUUUGUCCUGGUGGGCGAACUGCAGAUCAGCUACUUAAAGUAAUACUGUUGACAUGAAAAAAUGCAGAUCACUGAAAUUUAUUAGACAAAACUUGCACAAAUAGAUUAAUCCCUUUAAUGGGGUGGCAUAAGGAAACUUCAGGGGGCUGCAUUGUUGUGCUGGCUUAUGUUUCUGGGAAUGGUUGUCCAUAGCAGGUUCAUCCUUAAUGUGCUAAGUGUUCUUUGUGGCGCUGAACUAGUUAAUCAAAGCUGUAAUAAUUACUGAGACCGAGAUGAUGCUGAAAAAUGAUUUGUUAGAUCACAGGGAAGGUUGGUGGUAGGACAACAACUGGUCGUGAUAAAUAUUCUGGAAAAUGUGGGGAAUUUGUUAAUUUCUGACAUACAGCUAAAGUUUGUAGCUUUGAUAUUAACUUUUGACUAUGAUGCUAUGUACACUGGCCCUGGAAUAGAAUUUGGAAAGUGAGUUUAAAUAUUGUUCCAAACAAAACUAACUUUGAAUAAUUUUUGGCCUGUUUUGCUGGAAAUACAUUCAAAAACAGUUUCCAAAUUCUGUUCCAAGUUAAGCAUUGACAGGACCUAAGGCUGAAGGUGUGGGAGAUUUCAUUGUAAAAGGGAAUGUAUGAGUAGAAAAUUAAUUGUUUUGAGAGAUUCCCGGCAAACCAUUACUCUUGCUUUUUGCUAUAAAUCCAUCCUGGUGGUUUUUCCAUCUAUAAGCUUGCAGAAAGUCUAGUGUUGAAUUUUUUUAGUAUUGUACAUUAACAUCACAGUGGAUCAGAAUUGAAGUGAGUAUGGAGUAGAUGCCCAAUUCUACAUAGCAUAUGGUUUAAGACCUAAAAGCAGUACUGGUCCACCCUACUUUUGUUAUAACUGCAGGAUGAUAAACUGCCAGGCUUUUAUGCUGGCAAGCUCAAAUGUCAAUCAAUUUUUAAUCUCAAAGAUGAGUACAAAUGUUAUGUUUUUUAUUAAAUGUAGACAAAUGUAUGUAAGGGGCCUGUAGGCGCCUGGUUGCACACUGACAUUCUACCUGCACAUGUGCACUUAAACAGGAAAUAUUUUCAUAGAAGUGAUUGUACUGACUUUUUGCACUUUGUUACAGAACUGGGCAUUGUAUUUCUUUGGAAGCUCACUGUUUUGCUUCAAAAUGUAUCUUGAAACAAUUGCUGUACUUGGUUUUAUUUUGUGUUUCUGAAUAGUGUAUUUUAACUAUAUGUGCUUGAUAUAUAAAAGCUAUAGCAGAAAACAGA